GUGCAAACUGUUGCUUAUCCAAACAUCCGGUGUGGGAAUAUGCCACAGUGUGGCUAUCAUCAUCAGCAACAUCAUCACGUCUACAUUUUGAGCAAGAACGACAAGCAUGGAUCCAGCUUGGGAAGUCGCGGCCUUCCAGCGUCAAAUUGAUAUCCGGCUGGCUGAUCGUCGUGCAGACAGUACUACGGUGAGCGUGCGCGAAGCCUCGUCGCGCCAGGCUCGGCCGGUCUGGUGGAGGCGCCAGUUAUUCUGGAUGCUGGCCGUGGUCGCCUGCAUGCUCGUGCUGCUCGUGUUGGCCGCAUACCAGCUGCAGCCCAAGCGCACGAGAAAUUUCGCCGCCCUCGUCUCGGUCGCCCGGCACACCGCCACCACCGCGGCCUGGAGCUACAACACCACUGGCCACGACGCCAACGACACCGUGACGCUCCCCUCAUGACGCGAGCUCUACUCGUGGCUGGCCGUCGUCAGCCGCUGCAUCUUUCAUAGCUUUCCGCCUGUGGCAAAAUGUUUCUUACACAUACGAAUACGCAUUCACUCCACGAGACCUUGUGACUGUAGUGGAAAAUUAAAUGC